AUGGAUAAAUUACAAAGUAAGCAUGACUGUCCUAAUCCUACUUGUUCAGGUGAUACCUUCCCAAUAUCCAUUGAGACGACCGGGACUUUCUUAGACGGCUUUGCAACAACUUCCAAGAGUACCAUUCAAUGGACUACGAUAACUCCUCUUGAAGCUCAAGAAAUCACUUGCGGGUGUUUAAGCAUCAAUUCAACUUGGUUCAAGAAGAAACAUGAAUGGUCAAGAUUACCAGAAGUUGAAGAUAAUCUGUAUAGUCAAGCACUAACACAACACCUCAUCCGUAUUACUAACCUAUCUCAGAACGGAGAAACAUACAAUUGUGGACAUUGUCAACCAUCCAACCAAUUCACCAUAGUCAACCUUCCGCCGAAAUAUCUAGGUUGGGAUUCAUGUGGUCAUAAUGGAGAUGGUAUUCCAUUCGUACUCUCUCAUACACCAAGCGGACUGAAGAAUAGUACGGCCCUGUGGGGAGUUGAAAUGGGAAGGCCAAGAGCGUGUUGUAGUCUAGCUUGUCUGUUGCGUUCAGUGAUGAAGGGGGGAAGAGUGAUAGGUGUCAAAGACGCUCUUUCGGGGAUGGCAGAACACGUGUAG